UUCCCUCAUCCAACCUUACGUGCACCGCACUCCUCUCCUCACCAACCAGACCCUCAACAACAUCGCCUCGACUCCACAGGCCCCGGAAGCAUUGACCGGUACGCCCUUCGAAGGGCAACCGCCCGCCCAUCCGAAGAUUCGAUUCUUCUUCAAAUGCGAAAACUACCAGCGAAUUGGCGCCUUCAAGGCCCGAGGCGCGUUCCACGCCUUGCUGCGACUGAUUGAAGAGCGGGGUCAGGAGGAAGUGCAGAAACGUGGGGUCAUCACGCAUAGCUCGGGUAUGUGAUGAACCAAACAGUGUUCUUGAGGAUCCUAGGACCAAAGUCGCCAUCAUGACUCCAGCUCACGCUUCACAGGGAACCAUGCGCAAGCUCUUGCCCUCGCCGCCUCCACCCUCAAUGUCCCCGCCUACAUCAUCAUGCCCAGUAUCAGCACGCCAUCGAAAAUCGCAGGGACGCGGUCUCAUGGCGCAGAGGUCAUAUUCAGUGGUUCGACGAGCGUCGAGCGGGAGGCUGUCGUAGAGGAAGUCCAGGGAAGGACGGGUGCGAUUCUGGUACCGCCCUAUGAUGACUUCGACAUCAUCUGCGGGCAGGGCACCACGGCCCUGGAGCUUGAGGAACAAUACAGCAAGCUUAUUGCCGAGAAACCGCACCUGAGCGUUCAUCAGGAGAAUCCGGUGUUGGAUGCUGUGAUCACGCCGGUUGGCGGAGGUGGCCUCAACGCUGGUGUGGCGACCUUUUUCUCGGAUAAGACGACCAAGGUGUUUGGUGCGGAGCCCAGUUUUGAGGGUGCAGAUGACUGUUGCCGUGGCUUAGAGGCCGGGGAGCGUGUACCGGCCGUGUCGACCCUGACGAUUGCGGACGGGUUACGCACUCCCGUCGGCCUGUUGAACUGGGAGGUUAUAUCGGAUAAGAACAAGGUUGCGGGUGCCUUUGCCGUGACGGAAGAGCAGAUCAAGGCUGCGAUGAGGUUGGUGCUGGAGCGCAUGAAGGCUGUUGUUGAGCCGAGUGCGGUGGUGGGGUUGGCGGUGUGUCUGUACAAUGAGGAGUUCCGACGUCUCGUCGAGAAGGAAGCUCCCAAUGGUUGGGACGUGGGGAUCGUGUUCAGCGGAGGCAACACGACCGUAGAAGCUAUCGCGAAGCUGUAUAGCUGAGAGCCGGCU